GGCAAUGAUGCAUCCCCCGAUCCCCUAUCUCGGUCUUUCUCAUAGUCAGAUGGUCGUCCUCAACUCGACGCUAGCUACAGUAGACCCCCUCAUCAGCUUGCUGUACCUAUUCAAGGGGUCUGGUGAAAGGUCGUGAGACGACCGGGCUGGAAUUUUGCUGUCGCUCCGUCCCCUCCGGCAGAUUUGUUAACCGCACGGCUGCAUGUUUGUGUGGUUGUUUGACUUGUCCAAGGAUCCUCGGGACCCUGCGUCGACUUCCGUUCUGGAUCAGCAGCAUUGUCAAUCCGGGGAUUGGAAUAACUGCCUAUGGAAGGAGAAAGGAUGGGGACAUGGGAAGAUCUGAGGAGAGAGGCGCGAAAGGUUGAGCACAGCUUGGACAUGAAGCUGGCCGCCUACGCAAAAGCUGCUGAUGAUGGGUCAGCUACCAAGCUGCUCGAGAUUGAGCACCUCCUUCAGCAACUUGGCGAUAUCAACAGAGCCUUGGUCAACAUCCAAUCAAGGACAGACACACAUGCUCACGCCCUGGCAAGGCAUCACAGUAUCCUUGAGGAUUUCACCAGGGAGUUCAGGCGCAUCCAGAGUAGCGUGACCACCAGCCGCGAGCGUGCUGAGCUGGUGGGAGCCUUCCACUCGGUGAGAGAGGAGGACUUGGCCGGCUUGGGGCCCGCUUCGAGAGGGGCACAAGACUCGGCUCUCCUUCGAGAACAUGGGGCAAUCUAUGGGAAUGUUGCACAGAUUGACGAAGUCUUGGGACAAGCCCAAGAAACCUCCAACGCACUGUCGGCUCAAAGGGCGUUAUUUUUGGGCAUCAGCGGAAAGGUCAACAACCUUGGGGCCCAUACCUUCCCUGCGGUCAAUAAACUGAUAUCGGACAUCCGGAAAAGGAAGUCGAAGGACACGCUCAUCCUGUCCACUACGAUAUCAAUAUGUACUCUACUAAUCAUCCUCUACUGGCUUUCAAAAUGAGCAAGACUUGCGGUUAGGGUGUUGAAUCAACAUAUUGGUGUUUAUCAUUAAUGUCGUAACUCGUCGUUCAAUGUAGAGCUAGGAUAGCAACUGUCCAUUAUACUGCAAGUGUGAGUGAGCCUAUACAGCUUAUCAUAUCUGGUUUCCUGAGGUCGGGACGAUCGACAUGUAUAUGUAGGUGGAAAACCCGAGCUUCUGAAAGCAUAUGUGUCAUUGACAU